GCCAACUUGGAAACACGGCGGAGCGAAACUCCCUCUUGUUGGAGAGUGAGCUGGUCCGGCGGUCGGUGGCUUUGAGAGCGGGCACUCGGCGGCUACACACACCGGGUUGUAAUGAACCACCGUAGCCUAAAUUCACACCAGCCCUCCCCCUGCAAGCCACCUGGAAGUUCAAACUUCGCUUCAAACUUUCGGCGGGGCUUCUCAGUCUGAGCUCGUUCAGUCGUUUGUGCGACCAGCCCGAAACCCGAAGCGUCCGCCCCACAUGUUUCUGUUUUCUUCUCGGUAGUCUCCAGAACAACCAGGUGAGGAGGCCGCCUCGCUUCCCCCGGUGAGCCGCGGAGACAGCGGUGUUGGUUUACCUGUACGCACACGGUGACGCACGGAUCUCUUUCACGCUCCCCUUUCACUUUUCGCGCUGCGGCUCUCCCGUAGCCGCCGGAGAACAGCACCGGAGAGCCGCCGAGCACCGGGACGGUCAUGGACCCACAAGGAGAGAGUGAGACCCGGCGGGGGGAAGGCUGGAGAAACCCCGCGGCGACUACUAGGAGAAAAACGCCGAUGGAUAUGAUGUACGCUGUUGGCUUUAUCUGCCUCCAAGUUCUGUCCAUCCAGGCCGCUGCCAUUCAGUUCACCAAGGAGCCCAAGUCCCAGGAUGCCUUGCACGGCUUCCAGGAGGGCAGCAACCUCAAAUUCAGCGCCGUGGAUCGGCAGCUGGACGCAGGGAGCUUUGAGUGUGUCGCAGAAAAUACAGCCACGGCAGAAGUGCUCCACUCCAACAAUGCCUCCUUCAAUAUCAAGUGGUUAGAGAGUGGAGGUGUGAUUUUGAAGGAACCUGUCUCUGAAGGGGAGAUUGAGAGCUCUUCGCUGGUCACAUUGCGCUGUGAUAUUGAUGGGCAUCCACGGCCGACAUGCCAGUGGUUCAAGGAUGGAGUGAAACUGACGGAGAAAACUCAUCAGAUCAACAAUAAAGAGAGGACGCUCACCUUCAACAAUGCCAGUCCGGACGAUAAUGGCCUCUACUACUGUUGCGCCAAAAAUGCAGCUGGGCACGUCUGCAGUAACAACAACUACACUCUCAACGUUAUAGAUAAGAGUUUCCCGCGGCCGGUGGUCACUCCUGAGGACCAGGUGGUGCUGAGGAACGCGGAGGCCGUGUUCCACUGCCAGUUCACUGCAGUGCCGGCUCCCUCGUUGGAGUGGUACCACGAUAACGAGCUGCUGGUAAACAAGUCUCGAGUGUUCCUUCUAACCAACGGGACACUGCUGAUCACCCAGGUCAAGCCCAGGAAUACGGGAACCUACAAAUGCAUCGGCCGUGGGCUCAGAGGAUCACCCGUUACGCUGGAGGCAUCUCUCCUCAUAGCUGAAAUAGAAGACAUGGUGCCCAAGAUAUCAAAGGUUUUCACAGCAGACACCAUGCAGCGGGUAGCCUGUAAACCCCCGCGUGGCAGACCUCAGCCAGAGGUGUGGUGGGAGAGAGAAGGUCUCCGGGUGCCCACAGAGGGCAGAGUAUACCAAGAUGGGAUGGAUCUGGUCUUCAGUCCCACAGAAAAGGGGGAUUCAGGCACCUACGUCUGCGUGGCCGAGAAUAAGGCUGGACGCAGGACGCAGGAGGUCACCUUCACCGUGGCCACUCCCCCAGUGUGGGUGGAGAUGCCAAUGGACCGCCAUUUGGAAGAGGGUAAACCAGGUUACCUCCACUGUCACGCUCAGGCCAACCCCCAACCUGAGGUCACCUGGUUCCGGAGCGCCAACAUGAUUCAGCCCGAGGAUAUUCGUUUUAAGAUAUUCCCUAACGGGACUCUCAGGAUCAACAACGUGGAGGUCUACGACGCACAUGUGUACAGCUGUCAAACCACAACUGUGGGCGGACAGCUGACCGGGAAAGCUAAAGUUACUGUGCUUGAGAAACUGAAGUUCACCCCAACCCCGCAGCCUUCCCAGUGCUUGGAAUUGGACAAAGAGAUCACCAUCCAGUGCUCCGCUAAAGGCAGAGAGCCCCCCACCAUCCGCUGGACCAAAGCAGACGGAGGAGAGCUGCCUCCUCACGUAGAGCAGAGAAACGGCCAGCUCCAUUUCACCAAAGUCACUCGAAGCGAUGCUGGCAACUACACCUGCAUCGCCUCCAACAGCCUCCAGGGGGAGAUCCGAGCCUUGGUGACCCUCACUGUAGCCGUGUACGUUCACUUCAAAGUUGAACCCGACAAUACAACGGUGUACCAGGGGCACACCGCAAUCCUUCACUGUCAGGCCGUUGGCGACCCCGAGCCUCACAUCCACUGGAUUAUUAAAGACAAGGCACUGGACAUCAGUAAGAACAGGAGGUUCCACAAGAUGCCCAAUGGCUCCUUAGUGAUCAGGGAUGUGACCACAGAUGACACCGGCAGGUAUACCUGUGUGGCCGGAAACAGCUGCAGCAUCAAAGACCGCGUGGCUCAGCUGUAUGCAGUGGACAAACCGGUGCAUUUCCCCAGUGAAGAUGAGGAUAAGGCUCCUUACAAGAUGAUCCAAACAAUCGGCCUGUCAGUGGGAGCGGCUGUGGCUUAUAUCAUUGUGGUCCUGGGACUCAUGUUCUACUGCAAGAAGAGACGCAAUGCCAAAAGAAUGCAGAAGGGCCAAGAUGGAGAGGAGCCCGAGAUGGAGUGCCUUAAUGGAGGAGCUGUUCAACAGAAUGGCCACACCACUGCUGAGAUCCAGGAGGAGGUAGCACUCACCAACAUGGGUACCGUGGCAACAACGGAGAAGCGCCACAGCCACGUCAACAACGAUAAGCUCCACUUUCCUCGGGCAAACCUACAGACCAUCACGACUUUAGGUAAGGGGGAGUUUGGGGAGGUGAUGCUAUCCAAAGCGAAGGGAAUCGAAGAGGGCGAGGAGGAGACGGUGGUGCUCGUGAAGAGCCUGCAGACCAGAGAUGAACAGCUGCAACUCGACUUCCGCCGUGAAGCCGAAAUGUUUGCCAAGCUGAGCCAUCCCAACGUUGUCCGCCUGCUGGGCCUCUGCAGGGAGGCGGACCCUCACUACACAAUCCUAGAGUACUAUGACCUGGGAGAUCUAAAGCAGUUCCUGAGAAUUUCCAAAAGCAAAGAUGACAAAGUCAAGACUCAGCCUAUCAGCACCAAGACCAAAGUUUCCAUCUGUGCUCAGGUGGCUCAGGGGAUGGAGCACCUUUCCAAUCACCGCUUCGUUCACAAAGACCUCGCCGCCCGAAACUGCCUGAUCAACAGUCAGAGAUGUGUCAAAGUGUCAGCGCUCAGCCUCAGCAAGGACGUUUAUAACAGUGAGUACUACCACUACAGGCAGGCAUGGAUCCCGCUGCGCUGGCUCCCAACAGAGUCUGUGUUUGAGGACGACUUCUCCACCAAGUCUGAUGUGUGGGCCUUUGGAGUGUUGAUGUGGGAAGUAUUCAGUCAUGGGGAAAUGCCAUACACCAAACUCAGCGAUGAUGAAGUGCUAGAGGGUCUCAAGGGAGGAAAGCUGAAGCUACCCCUUCCGGACGGAUGCCCCUCUAAAAUCUACAAGCUCAUGGUCCGCUGCUGGGCGCUGAGUCUCAAAGAGCGCCCCUCCUUCACCGACAUCGUCCACGCCCUGGGAGAGCUACCCUCCGACAGCAAAGUCUGAAAUGACCAAUCAUCCCACAGCAGAGAGGAACUGUUACCAACUCUGCCCCCCCCCCUCCCCUAAAAUAGAGACAGGAAUGCUGGAUUUAGUCUCACACAUUUCAGGAAAGAGGGUUGAGAUAGAAAAAAAAAAAAAAGCAGAACAAAAAAAACAAACUUUUAUUUUUUAUGCAUUUCAAAAAUUUGAGUGUGGAUUAGACUUCUUUGCUAUAUCAGUGGAACCGCACUCACCUUUGUAUGAAUGGCUUCAUGCGAGCAGUGCCAGGAGUUUGCCUUCACCACAGCAUGGAUGAUCCUCCCCCUCCAGCCUCAGUCUGUGGCUCCACUGUGACCCCGCCUGUCUGCGGCCGUUUAGUUUCACGGAGCCUCACAACCUCAGUGCCUCUGGCCCCCCCCACCUCCACACACACACGUGUGCACGCACACACACACACUCGCACUUAAACUGUGUAGGAGUGAUGGUGCUUUCGCUGGCUCUGAUUAGUAGAAAGGAUUUGCCUGAAAUUUCACUUCACCGCUUAACUCCUUGGAGUUUUCUCAUAAAUCUAAAAAGGAUAUUGAAGAGAAAGUGGGACAUGAUGUGACUUCAGUGGAGCGUUGAAACCUCUAUAAAUAUCAGCCUCUUAGGAGUGUGUCGAGUGAGGUCAUUUUAACUGGUCUGUUUCCACUUGCAAUUACAUUGAGCCGCAUCCUGAGUGUGCCACCCUAACAGGUACCAUACCCUCAAAACGUGUUUGCUUGUGUGUGUGUGUGUGUGUGUGUGUGUGUGUGUGUGUGCUGAACUGUUGUCACUCCAGAAUUUUAGGAGCGGGGUUUGCAUGAAGGUUUGUGGAAAACGUAAUCAACGUUACAGCAACACUUCAGGAACUUUAAAAAAAAAAAAAAAAAAAAAAAGUUUAUAGCCAAGGAAUAUGUUGAAU